AUGGAGACUUUACUGGCGCACUCGUUUGACUAUCUCUCCUCGUACGAGCCCAGCAAGAUCCGAAAGGGCCUGCGUCAGGUCGAAGGUCUACUCGCACAAAUAUGUCUAUCCAAACCAAAGCCCGUGUCAGACCGGCGGAAAUCACGUCUGGCCGAUGCUCCUCAGCCGAUGCCCAAGGCCCUCUCCGAGCUCCGCGAUGACCCUGCGUUUCGCGAAUUUUCCAAACUACAAGAAAGCUUCCAAUGGAACAUUGCGAUGCGCCUAGUCUCCUGUCUCGAACACCUCCUGGGUAGAGGAAGCAACGGCACAAACGACAUGCUCAUCGUCUGCACGCUAGACCUGAUCCAAGGCUCGCUCCUCCUACACCCAGGCUCACGCUCCCUCUUCGCCCGUGAGAUCUACAUGAACCUCCUCCUUGACCUUCUCGACCCUAUCAACUGUCCCGCCGUCCAAUCCGCAACCCUCCUCACCCUCGUCACCGCCCUCCUCGACUGUCCCGCCAAUACGCGCACCUUUGAGGACCUGGACGGCCUCUUGACCGUGACAUCGCUCUUCAAGCAGCGCGCCACCUCCCGCGAAGUCAAGCUCAAGCUCGUCGAGUUCCUCUACUUUUAUCUCAUGCCCGAGACGCCCACCCACGCGCCUCUUUCGCCUCCACCGGGGCUGCAGCGCAGCCCGAGUAAAUUGUCCAAUGCGCCUUUUGCGCGCAGUUCGCACACUGCUGCGCAUGCUGCUAAGAUGAGUCGUGACACGCGAACUACCGAUGAGAAGCAGGCUCUUCUAGGGCGGUAUUUGAAUAAUGUUGAGGAUCUGGUGGAGGAUUUGAAGGAGACAGCACCGUUUGGUGCCACCGUUUAUUGA